UGGUGUUUGAGGUGUUUUGUGUUGGCAGUCAUGUCUGGUCGUGGAAAAGGCGGGAAGGGUCUGGGCAAAGGGGGUGCCAAGAGACAUCGCAAGGUGCUUCGAGAUAACAUCCAGGGCAUUACUAAGCCUGCUAUCCGGCGCUUGGCUCGUCGCGGAGGGGUGAAGCGCAUUUCUGGCUUGAUCUACGAGGAGACCCGUGGCGUCUUGAAAGUGUUUUUGGAGAACGUGAUCCGCGACGCCGUGACCUACACGGAGCAUGCCAAGCGAAAGACCGUCACGGCCAUGGACGUUGUGUAUGCUUUGAAGCGCCAAGGCCGGACCCUUUAUGGUUUUGGUGGCUAAGCCUAAUUUGCAAAAGCAACAGCCUGAAAAUAUAUUUAUCAAUCCCA